GAACCAGACCCUGAUUACCCUACUGACGGUAGAGGAGUAAAACUGCUCGGUGGGAACAUUUGAUUCUCUAGAGAGAGUUGACUAUUGAGAAAUAUACUAAGGACAAAGCUGCCAGGUACGCUCAGAAGAUGAGAAAAAGCUUGGGAUUGCUUCAGAUCGUUUUUUCAGGUAAGAAAAAUCAUUUUACAUUACAUAGUCAUAAUUAUCAGACAAGUGCUAAGCAAGGAAGUAUAAUACGAAAAGGCUCUCCUGAUAUAAUAUCUCAGAUAAUUGUAAAGAAAUAUGUUGUCAUCAGUUGCAAAACAGAUCUUUCUACUUUUAUAUUUUUGCUCAAGAAACUACAGUGUACGUUGUGAUAUUCUUCUCUUGCUGGCUCUGUGACACACUUCAUUAUAGGUCAUUCUGGCAUGUAUUGAUGACACACUUUUUAGCAUGUCCUCAUAUGAGUAGCACUGAUAAUGUGUCAUUAAAGCUGGGACAUGGAUUACCUAGGAUGUUCAGAUGGCCUCCUGGGCAUUGUCCAUAGAAACUAUUGAAGAUACUGGUUGAAAAGAAAAGAAAGCCACGAGGGUGCUGUGAACUGUGAACAUGAAGGAGAGAAAAAUUGACAAGAAAGAUGGAAUCAUAUCAACCAGAUCCUGAAAAACUAACAGAUGAGCACCAGACUACAGACUUGUUUUUUUUAUUGUACCUGGGCUGGAAUUAGCCCAAACUACACAUGGUGAACAAUGAACAACACUGCUAAGUGCCAUGAUGAUCAUGCCCUGGAUAAGUACUUGUUUCCAUUUGUGUACAGCACUGUGAUGGUGAUCAGUAUUCCCAUUAAUUGCAUAUCCCUCUAUGUGUCUUGCAUUCAGGUGAGGAAAAAGAAUGAGUUGGCAGUCUACCUAUUUAGUCUGUCCAUGGCUGACCUUUUGUACUCUGUGAUUUUGCCUCUGUGGAUUGAUUAUGCCUGGAAUGGAGAUAACUGGACACUCUCUGCCAGGCUUUGCCAGUUUUCUGCCUUCCUUAUGUACAUGAAUUUUUACACCAGCACUGCACUUCUUGCUUGCAUCUCUCUCGAUAGGUACCUGGCAUUAGUUCACCCCCUGAAGUUCCAGCACUUACGCACAAGAAGAAUUUCACUGAUAGUCAGCAUAAUUGUUUGGCUCCUGGAAGGUACUGUUAAUUCAGUUAUACUGAUGAAUAAAGAUGUAUUUCAUGAUCCUUGCAAUUCUACAGAUCAUACAUUAUGUUACGAUAAAUACCCCCUGGAAUUGUGGCAGGCACGGCUGAACUUAUUCCGGAUAUGCUCAGGGUACCUGCUCCCUUUGAUAAUCAUUCUGUUUUGUUACCAUAAAAUCUACCAAGCAGUGAGGUGUAAUCAAGCCACAGUAGAUGAAGAGAAGAAAAAAAUCAGGAAACUUAUACUGAAUAUCACAAUUACUUUCAUUGUUUGCUUCACUCCUUAUCAUGUUGUAUUGCUUAUUCGGAGCAUCAAAGAACCUCAGACCUCUGACCUACAGCUUUUACAGUCAAUGUAUAAGAUCUACAGAAUCACACAAGCCUUUACAAGUUUGAAUUGCAUUGCUGAUCCCAUUCUUUACUGCUUUGUGAGUGAAAGUGCACAAACAGACAUUCUGAAUUUGCUCAGGUGUUGCUUAUGCCUACAAAAGCCUGAAGGAAAUCAACCAGAAGAAUAUGCUCUGUGCAAUUCUGCUACAAAGAGCAAUGCACUGGUCACCUACAGAUCUUCCUGUGAAACUCAGACUCAGUAAAACGUCUGUGAGAGCACAGUCAAAGCAAACGGGGUAACAAAGACAAAAUAAAUAAAAAUACAUCUUUCCUUGUUUGUAUCUAAGUAAACAACCUCAAAAUACUCCUAAAUGAAUCUAGGUGAAAUCAGUAGCUGGAACUAAUAAGAAUAUAUUGCAAGGUCAGUUAUAUCAGCAGAGCAUCAUAACAUUUCUUAAAAUCAGGUGUGGUACAUAAAUCAGUGUCAACAAACAGUCAAGAAGAAUGAACAUGACAUGCUGACAGAAUUACAGAGGGUCCCCCAAAGAACUUCCUCCUGCUUGCUAGCUAGCCCAUGUGCUCAGUACACUCGUACUCAGCUGGAAGAAGGCUGAAGCCCUUUCAGUCUAGUUUUCCAGUUUUAACAGAAAUCUAAAGUUCAUCCAAGAAAGAUUCUUCUAUAGGAUUUUUUCUUAGAUCAGUACUGUGAUAGAAAUGAAUGAAAAAUGGACACACACAAAGAAUAUUCAAAUGAUUCACAAAGGAGCAAACAAACUGACGGUGUUAUGAUGAUUCCUGCCUUUCAGUAAUGACUCAAAUUCUCCUUCAGCCUAACCUCCCCAGUUAACCACAUCUUAAAAUCUUACCACGUGUAGAGAGAUACUUACCUGCUCUUACACAUUUUAGCUUUUGGAAAAGUUCUAAUAUAUUAUAAUGUGGCAUGCCGUUUCAUUACGAAUACUCAAUUUCAGACAAUUGAAGAUUCAUUACUUAGAAUGCAUAUAAGGAACCAAUUUCAAGCCACAGAUGGAUAAGUAAGAUGAAAUUUUACCUCAUAUGUUUAGAAAGAAAAGGAAAGAAUUGAAAGAUACCUUCAUGAAAGAAAAGACCUGUCUUCAGUCUAGCUUACUGUGACUGAAAUCUGGAAUGCAAUUCUGUUUGUGUAGUCAAAGGAGCAAAAAGGUUUAUAUUCAUUUACUUAACUGCAGCUGGAGACCUCAGCUAGAGUUUCCAGAGCUCUCAGUCAGACAAUUAAAUAAAAAUAGUAAAUCAGUAAGCCAACAAACAAUACUAACAAGCCAAUAAAAAAUAAGGCAACGAAACAACACAAAUAUUGAAAUGGUUGAAGUUUAGCACAGAUCAAAAAUAGAGCUGUUAAUGCAGUAUCUGUUCGCAUGGUUCACAGGUAGCAAUGGCCACAUGUUCCUGUGAAAAGAUGGUCGAAAUUUGUCUCCUCUCAUAAAAUUCUCACCUUUGGCCAGUUUCCAGGAAGAAGGUUCAGUUAUGGUUGUUUCUCAGUUUCAUAGAGGAUGAAAAAAAACAUUUCUGUAAUCAAAAGAAUUUUUCAGCACACACCCAGGACUGGCAUUGUACUUGGAGGACCAACAUACUGUGGUCACAGUCAGUAUGGAAAUUCUUAUAACAAGACCCCUCUGCUCAGAAAAUAUCUCCAUUACAAAGAAUCACUUUCAUUCCACUGUUCCUGAUUACGUCUAUUUAUAUUUUUUGAUUCAUUUCACAUUCUGAGAAGGGAACCUGAGAGGCUGAGGACACUGAGCACCUUCAGCCUGGUGAAGAGAAGACUUUGGGGGGUUCCUAAUGGCAGCCUUGCAAUAGCUAUAAAGAGUGUUGAGAAGAUGGAGCCAAGCUUUUCACAGCAGUAUAUAGCAGAAGGACAAUAAAUUGUAUGUAACUCAAAGCAAGAAGGAUCAGAGUUGAUAAAAGUAAUUUUUUUUUUUAACUAUGAGAACUGUCAAGCAGUGGAGCGCAUGACAGCAAGAGGAUUCUCCAUCCUUUCAGAUUUUCUAGAUUAAAUUGGACAAAGCCCUGGGAACCUCUUCUGGCCUCAUAGCUGACCUUGCUUGGAGCAGGAAACUGAACUAGAGACUUUCUUAGGUCCUUUCCAAACAGAAUUAUCAUGUGAUGCUAUGAACUUUUAUAAACAUUUGUGUCAUUAUUCUGGCUGCUACCUUCCUCUUUAAAUAGUUAUAUUCCUUUCCUUUCUUUGUUUCCAUCAAUUUUUACACUGGAUUUUGUUUUGAUGUACUUUUUUCUUUAAUUCUAUUUUAUGUAUUAUGAAAGAAAAAAAGUAUGCAAACAUCAGUGCAAAUUGCUUCACCACAGAUGUGUCCGUAUACUGACCUAAGUACAUAAUGUGUUAUGCAAUAGAAUGAAAUUUCGCUGCAGUUCUGGAAUAAAAGCAGAACUAAGAUUCACUGUAACUUCAUGGGGAAAAAAUCUCAUUAAUUUAUUUCUACACCUUCUACAUGCCAAAAUAAGUUGGAAAUCUAAAUCUCUUGGGGUUUAAACUUAUAUUAAAUAAGGGGUAAUGACAACUAAAGCUAAACAACAAAAUUAUUCAAGUUUAACAUGUGUGUCAGGAAGCAUCAGAGCUGGCUGCUCUGCAAGGGACAGGGAACCAGAAACCAGAAAGCUCAAUGAAGAGCUGUGCGAUCCCACAGCACCCAAGCAACGUGUGCAGAUCAGAUCUAGUGAUGGUAACCAGCAUCAGCCAGCAGCCCUGGACAAAUCCGUAGUGACAAAGGAUUCUGAGGCUGAGAUGGAAAGCCAAGGCAGCAAGCUAAGGUCAGGAUCAGUGAGGUACAAGGCUAGACACCAUAUCUGAAAUGUACCUCAGCAGUGCAAGUGCUUGAACUGACAAGUAACACCAGUUUCAAGGAGGGGGAAUCACCAUCAAGAAUCCUCCAGCUUCUUCUCACAUAACUUCUCCCAGCAGCCUGGACCAGGUUGCAUGACAGCACCAUCCCAGCACUGGCCUCCUCACAGGCAGCCAAAUCUAUGAAGGCAGGGGAAGAGACAGUAGAGAAUGUAUAUUCAAGGUUCUGACCCUGCUCAAAGAGCUUCACUUCCACAAAAUUUGGCCCUGUAGUUUUAUACCUUAGAAUUUUCCACCAUUGUUUAUGAAAAGCUUAGCUUCGACCAGCUUCCAUUAUUACUUUUGGAUGUUUUUUUAUAGCAUCAGUUCAUUUUGCACCUCCCUACCUUACUGAAGAUCCAUUCUGAGAUAAAGGAAAUCAAUUACAAUAGCUGGCCCACAGGCUGGUCUUCUUGAAGGAGCUCAGAUAAAUUAGGGGUCCACUUUAGGAAAAUAGAACAUAGGUGCCUCUUCAGCUGUUGUGAAAUGCUAGCUUUAUCUGUUUACUGUUUGUUACUAUGAGGAAGCUGAGAUGUGGAGUCUGCAAUGCCCUGUACUUCAAUCAUUUCUGUAUUUACUUCAAUACUUCUACAUAGCUAAAGGUUUGCACUCUUUUUCAUUCUCUCUCCAAAUUUGUUUGUCCCAGCUGGACCAAAUUUACUGCAUGAAAAUAAACAUCUGUAUUUUUUCAGAAUCUCACAAUGUUAUAGGAGAAUAGAACAGUGAAAAAUAAAUGUCUUCAUGCAGGUCUCAA